CGCUAAUUAUAAACUCCCACGUUUCCCCUGAAGUCAAAACAGGAAGCUCCAUUUCACACCGGAAGUGUAUUGGUUGGGGUUAACCAUGAAUUAUUUUUUUUAAAUUUACAAUACAGACAAAAAGUCAGUGUUUUUCGUAGAAAAACGCUGGCCCCUCCACUGCCUGUCACCAUGCCUGCUCUGCUGGACAGACCAAAGCUGUCCAACGCUAUGGCCAGAGCCCUCCACAAACACAUCAUGAGAGAAAGGGAGCGUAAAAGACAAGAGGAGGAAGAGGUGGACAAGAUGAUGGAGCAGAAGAUGAAAGAGGAAGAAGAGAGAAAGAGAACAAAAGAGAUAGAGGAGAGGAUGUCCUUGGAGGAGACCAAAGAACAGGUGAUGAAGAUGGGGGAGAAACUGCAGGGACUUCAGGAGGAGAAGCAUCAGCUCUUCCUCCAGCUGAAGAAGGUCCUGCACGAGGAGGAGAAGAGACGCAGGAAGGAGCAGAGUGACAUCACAACACUGACGUCAGCCAGCUACCAGCCCAGUCUAACCAUGCACACAGGACAGCAUCUCCUUAACAUUGAAUGCAGUCCAGUCAGUCACAACAGGGCCGGGGGACUGCUGUCGGAGCGCAGUAAGCAGUUGUUUCCAACACCGGUCAACCCGAGUGACCGUUUCACUCUCCUCGCUCCACAGGGCCGUCACUACCAGAACCAGGCUGGGUUCAGUGCGGGCCCAGCUGAGCACGGACAGUUUGGGGGUAGUCAGUCGGUCCAUGAGAGCUACGGCGUGGCCCAGACACAACACCCCUCCACCUACGCCCCCGGCCCCUCUGUACCUGUCAGCUUUGCCAGCAGUUCCCAGAUCAGAGGUGUGUCUGCAUUCCAGGCAAUGCAGUACCUCCCUCAUCAGCAGCCAGGCUAUGCUGUUCAUAGUCACUUCACAUCCCAGCCUGGAUUCAUCCCUGGUGCUGGAAUACCCCUUCAGAAGCAGUUGGAACAUGCCAACCAACAGUCUGGCUUCACUGACGCGGGUGCUCUGAGACCCAUGCACCCCCAAGCCCUCCAUACAUCCGCUGCUAGCCUGCUCCCUACUCCCUCCAUGGCUGUCCAGAUCCCCACUCCCAAGGCCCCUUUCCAGAGCUCUCCCCAAGCGGCUCCCCGCAACGCUUUCCUCCCCCACACCCAGAGUGGACAGAGAUUCUAUCACCAAAGCAAGUAACCAUGUUUACCUGCCCAAACUACCUUUACCAGGAGAUCUUAUCGUUGAGAUUUCAUAGGCUUCUAGAAGACUGGAAUUAUGGGACAGUAAAACUUGGAUUUUGAUGGUUGACUUUGUAGUAAUAUUUCUUGUAUAGUUUAUUUUGUUAGUGCUGUAUUACUUUAGUUUUAGAGGCCUAGGGGUUCUAGGAAACCAUUUUCUCCACUGUGAAACUGUAUAGUGUUAUACUUUGUCAAUUGUAUUGUGUGUUUGGAUGUAUUACCGUAAACUAUUAUGUCCGUGAAAUAAAUAAAUAAAGCACACACCAUUUCUAACAA